AUGCUGAGCUGGAAUUUGCCAUUCAGCCCAAUACAACUGGCAAACAGCUUUUUGACCAGUGUUUUGGAACAACAUAAACUGACAAAAGAACAAUGGGAAGAAAGAAUACAGAACUGGCAUGAAGAACAUAGAGGAAUGCUAAGGGAAGAUUCAAUGAUGGAAUACUUGAAGAUUGCGCAAGAUCUAGAAAUGUACGGCGUCAACUAUUUUGAAAUAAAAAAUAAAAAGGGUACCGAAUUGUGGCUAGGUGUUGAUGCUUUGGGUCUGAAUAUUUAUGAGCAUGAUGACAAGUUAACACCUAAAAUUGGCUUUCCCUGGAGUGAAAUCAGAAAUAUUUCAUUUAAUGACAAAAAAUUUGUUAUAAAACCAAUCGACAAAAAGGCACCUGAUUUUGUUUUUUAUGCACCGCGUCUAAGAAUCAAUAAGCGGAUUUUGGCCUUAUGUAUGGGAAACCAUGAACUGUACAUGCGACGAAGAAAGCCUGAUACUAUUGAAGUACAACAGAUGAAAGCUCAGGCUAGGGAGGAGAAACAUCAGAAGCAGUUGGAAAGGGCACAGUUAGAGAAUGAAAAGAAGAAAAGAGAAAUAGCAGAAAAAGAAAAAGAAAGAAUAGAACGUGAAAAGGAAGAACUAAUGGAACGUCUAAGGCAAAUUGAAGAACAGACAUUGAAAGCCCAAAAAGAACUAGAAGAACAGACUCGGAAAGCUCUAGAACUGGAUCAGGAACGAAAACGAGCAAGAGAAGAAGCUGAACGGCUAGAAAAGGAGCGUCAAGCUGCUGAAGAGGCCAAGUCUGCUAUAGCAAAACAAGCUGCUGACCAGAUGAAGAAUCAGGAACAGCUAGCAGCAGAACUUGCCGAAUUUACUGCCAAGAUUGCCCUUCUAGAAGAAGCCAAAAAGAAAAAGGAAGAGGAAGCAACCGAGUGGCAACACAAAGCUUUUGCAGCCCAGGAAGACUUGGAAAAGACCAAAGAAGAGUUAAAAACUGUGAUGUCUGCUCCCCCUCCGCCUCCACCACCACCCGUCAUUCCUCCAACAGAAAAUGAACAUGAUGAACAUGAUGAGAACAAUGCUGAGGCUAGUGCCGAAUUAUCGAAUGAAGGGGUAAUGAACCAUAGAAGUGAGGAAGAACGUGUAACGGAAACACAGAAAAAUGAGCGCGUAAAGAAACAACUUCAGGCAUUGAGUUCAGAAUUAGCCCAAGCCAGAGAUGAAACCAAGAAAACACAAAAUGACGUUCUUCAUGCUGAGAAUGUUAAAGCAGGCCGUGAUAAAUACAAGACUCUUCGACAAAUUCGGCAAGGCAAUACAAAGCAGCGUAUUGAUGAGUUUGAAGCAAUGUGAGAGCUGUUAUUUUGCAUACAUGUUCUUCAUAAGCUGAACCACCAACAGAGAAAAGCAGGCCUUUGCAGAUGUGAUGGAAUGCAUCCCACCUUGCCAAAGCACUUAUACCAGUUUGACUGUGGUGGCUGAAAGACAAAUUUAAGGAGAGCUCUUCAACAUUAAGGCAGUGUGAUAUCAUGCUCGGUUUUCUUUUUUGUUUGGGCCAGGGGAUGGAGAACCACGUUCCAUCAAUUCUUUUACAUUUUUCAGUUUUCAUUUUUCUUUUUCUGUUGAACAUUCAACACUAAUUAUCAUGACUGACAAAUGUGUAUGUGUGGCUUGAUCACUUUGUGCAUUUAAAAUAAUGGUGAACCUUUCAAUAAGUGUUUAGAUGGAGCACUCAGUUUUCCCUUGCCUUUUUUGUGUUUAACCUAUAUACAUUUCUUCAUUCUCUUACAUUUUCUCAGUGUGCCCUUCUCAUAUCCUGCCAUUCCCAUAGCCAUAAUUCUGCUAUCAUACAGGUCAUUGGUAGUGUUUAAAAUUAUGGCAGGGUGAAGAAGUGUUUGGUCACUGUGUAGAUGAUGACUACAAAUCAUGAAAAGGAUUAGUACAUUUAAUAGUAUAGUGUGUAGCUGAUGAUAAGGUUUUUAAAAUAAAGUCCCAAUUUAAUUACAUUAUUGGAUAUUUGUUAUUUGCUUACUUAAUUACAGUCAUUUUUGACAGCUAAAUUGAUUGGUGUUUCAUCUCCUGUAAUUUUUGGUGGUUUUCUUUGCUAGUCACUUCACAGAGGUGUAGUUAGUUCCUAGGAGAGGUUAUUGAUGAAACACUACCUACAAAUAAGUUGUCUCAAAAACUUGAAAAGUUUUGUUCUUUCAUGAGUUGAUUUAGAAAAAAGGAUGUCUAAUAAAAGAAAGUAAACAUUUGUUGGUAAUUAAUUUUAAUCACUAAAAGGAAAAUGACCUUUCUGGAAGGGCAGUAUAUAAAAACAUCAGUCCCAGGAAGGGGACAGUAAUACUACCUCACUAUUACACCUACAAUGACUGGUUUCCAACACAUGAAAUGUGUAAGCUGUAUGUUUAUUAUACAUUAAGACAGUCUCAAUUAUGAAGGAAUAUUUUUGAGACUUCAUUUUCCUUUAGAAUAUGUGAAUGCUAAUUUUUUAACUGACUUUUUGUUAAGUUGAACCGUGGGCUCUGAUUUGUGUUAAAAUUGUAAGAUGUCACUGGUAUACUAUCUUCCUAGAGGGGUGUUAUGUCUGAGGAAAUGUGUGUCUUUGUGUGUGAGAGAAAGAGAUGUUACCUUUGUAGCAUAUAAAGAAUGUCUAUACCUUCAUUUCUUGAUAUGAUAGUUACAUGAUCAUUUUAGCAUUUUUGGUUUCUAAAUCACUGUGCUUAUUUUUUAAAUCUAUAACUUAAAAAUUAAAUUUGGUAAUCUUAUUUUAGAAAUUAUAAUAUUUAGGCUGUUAAUUUUAAUUAUCUUACUAAAUAAAUUUUCCCAGUUAGAGAUAUUCUAAUAUUUUCUUUAUUAUUAAAUGCCUGGAUUUGAAGAUAUGGAAAGCCUUGUUUUCUCUGUGUGGUUCAGCUACUCUGCAUUUGGUAUUGUGCACUCAAAUUUACAUUUAUUAAAAUUGCCAUUUUAUUAAACAUUUUUCAUGCACAGUAGAUUCAAGUUAUGUCUGAAAAUAUCUCUUGUGCUUUUUUAUUUUGCUAAUUUUAAAAGGAUUAAUCUGGGCAGACAUUAUGAAAAGGAAAGGUUUUGCUUAAUAUAUUUUGAACUUGUAGGACAAAAGAUAACUGGUUAACCUUGAAGUGACUGUUGUACAGUGGUGUGCACAUGCUUCAAAAUCCUAUGAAAGAGAAUGUUUCUACUUGGUACACUAGAGGAGUAAAUGGUAGACCCUACUGUUCAUGCUUUGAAAAAAUUUUUACUUUUCCAAAGCAUUAAAGGAAUUGCCAUAAUAGUAAAAACCUGGAUUUCCAUUAAUUUUUCUAAUUUUGAAUUGUGUGCACUAUCAUUGCUACAUCAGUUUGUUACAGUGUUGAAAAAUUACCAGUUACAUUUGCUGUUUAUAAUCUAUUUGUAGAUUAGGAUUAAAAUGGAUUUAAUCCAUUUUUAAAGCUGUGUGGAUUUUUUAAAACAGGAACAGCCAUUUGCAAUAUGGAUUUUCAUAGUGAUUAAACCA